CCAAGCUAACCCCACCUCCCCCCAAAAUUUAUCGUUUCUUCUCGGUCGUCCUCAAUAGUAAUCCAAUCAUGUUGACAGUUAGUGUGAAACGGCAAAAGGAACUCUUGAAGGCUGUGGAAAUUGACACCAGUCAGCCUCCAUAUGUUUUCAAGUGUCAAUUGUAUGAUCUGACUGGAGUACCUCCUGAAAGGCAGAAAAAUAAUGGUUAAAGGUGGCUUGCUGAUGGAUGAUGCUGAUUGGUCUACAGUUGGACUGAAACAGGGUCAAAAGCUGAUGAUGAUGGGAACUGCUGAUGAGAUUGUUAAGGCCCCAGAAAAGGGCCCUGUUUUUAUGGAAGAUCUUCCAGAAGAAGAGCAAGCGGUAUCUUUAGGUCAUAGUGCUGGGCUAUUUAAUAUGGGAAAUACCUGCUACAUGAAUUCUACUGUUCAAUGCCUGCAUUCUGUUCCAGAGUUGAAGUCUGCUUUGGUAAAAUAUUCACAUCAUGGAAGAAACACUGAUGAUCAGACUUCUCAUAUGUUGACUGUUGCAACUCGUGAUUUAUUUGGUGAACUUGAUAAAAGUGUGAAGUCAGUUGCCCCAAUGCAAUUCUGGAUGGUGUUACGUAAAAAGUAUCUCAAUUCGUCCAGUUGCAUAAUGGUGUCUUCAUGCAGCAGGACGCCGAAGAAUGUUGGACCCAACUUUUAUAUACCAUCUCUCAGUCUCUUCGAUCACCAGGUUCCAGACUAAAGAAGUCUUUGCUCCUUGAGUGUGCCUAGCGCCUGUGACAACCUUGCUAAUACAAAGUUAAUACUUAUUGGUGUAAGUUUGAGCAAGUUAUGGUGCACUUGGUAAUUAAAACAGCUUCACAAAAGCCGUCACUUCAUUGUAUCAAACUUGCUCAUCAAGAUUAUGUUUUUUUACUAGCUUUGGAGUGUUUUUGACAUUACCAGCAAGGUUAAGAAACUGGCAUGUGACUCCUUUAUUUAUGUUUAUUUUUUAAAUAUCCAUUAAGGACACAUUGCCAUUUCUUAACUG